AUGAUCCUUACAUACUAGAUUGCCUCAUGGUCAUCGUGCACAUUGCGCAAGAAAGGGCAAGGCUCUAGGAUCUCAAGUGUGCUCCGACCUCCUUUGCUUGGUUUUAGUGUCAGUAGAUCUACUACUAAGUACAGUACAUGCAGCUACAUCUUAAAAUAGAACUGAUUCGAGAAAAGACAUUCACGGUGUUACAGUAGCAGUGAGAGACAAAGAUGGGUGUGCCUAAAUUCUACCGUUGGAUCAGUGAGAGGUACCCCUGCCUUAGUCAAGUGAUCAAGGAUUACCAGAUUCCCGAGUUUGACAACUUCUACCUUGACAUGAACGGGAUCAUCCACACCUGUUCCCACCCUAACGAUGAUGACCCUUCCUUUCGAAUCUCAGAGGACAAGAUAUUCCAUAAUAUCUUUGCCUAUUUGGAGGCAUUGUUCCGCAUCAUCAAGCCCCAGCGAGUGAUGUUCCUGGCAGUGGACGGAGUAGCCCCCCGUGCCAAGAUGAACCAACAGAGAGGACGCCGAUUCCGCUCCGCUAAGGAGGCUCAGGAUUUGGUCAGGAAAGCACUGCAGAAAGGUCAGGUUCUCCCGACAGAGCCUCGGUUCGACUCAAACUGCAUCACACCCGGCACUGAGUUCAUGACGCGGCUUCAUGAACAUCUCAAGUACUUUGUGGCUAAUAAAAUCUCCUCUGACCCUACCUGGCAGAAGGUGGAGGUGGUGUUGUCAGGUCACGAUGUACCGGGGGAAGGGGAACACAAGAUCAUGGACUAUAUCCGACACCAAAAGGCACAGCCAGACUUUGACCCCAACACAAGACAUUGCCUCUACGGACUCGACGCUGAUCUGAUUAUGCUCGGACUCCUCACCCAUGAGCCCCACUUUUCCCUCCUAAGAGAGGAGGUGAAGUUUGGCAAGUCCCAGAAGAAGCUGACUACCCCAGACACCAUCACCUUCCACCUCUUGCACCUUUCCAUUCUUAGGGAGUACCUUGACUUUGAGUUCCAGUCACUCAAGGACAAGUUGACGUUUGGCUACGAUCUUGAGAGGAUCAUCGAUGACUGGGUACUCAUGGGGUUCCUAGUGGGCAACGACUUCCUCCCUAACCUUCCUAACUUACAUAUUCGACAAGACGCUUUUCCCUUCCUCUACGCAACCUACAUAGAUAUCCUGCCCAGCUUGGACGGAUAUAUCAAUAAUGGGGGCUCUUUGAAUAUGGCAAGUUUUGAAGCGUAUCUCAGAGCAGUUUCUCAGUUCGACUUAGACCAUUACAGUGAGUUGUUUGAUGACAUGAAAUGGAUGGAGGGCAGGAGUAAACUCGGACAGAAGAAAAAUAUGGGCGCUUCUACUGGGCAUGCCCAGAAAAGGAAGCCUACUGGGUAUUCCCAGACUGGUGCUAACCCUGAUGACGGGUUUUCUGCUGAGCUGGCAGCUUUUGCUGGUGGGGGCGGGGAUGAGGUGGACUAUGAUGAAGAUUCAGAAGGGAUCAGGAAGAUCAAGCGUGACCUGGGCAUUGGCAGUUUGCAGUCGUACUUCAGUGAGGAAGACAAGGACCUAGACAAGAACUUCAACAAAGAGUUCGUGGAGUUCAAGGCGACAUACUACAAGCAGAAAAUGGGGUUCAUACAAGUGGACCGCUCCGUGUUGUUGGAGCAGGCCAAGUGCUAUGUUGUAGGCGUCCAGUGGGUCCUACAUUACUACUAUUCAGGAGUACCAUCUUGGAGUUGGUUCUACCCCUAUCACUACGCACCAUUCGUGUCCGAUAUUAGAGGAUUUAGCGAUAUCUUGAUCGAGUUCGAUUUGGGGAAACCGUUCUUCCCCUUUGAGCAGCUGCUGGGUGUCCUCCCACCUGCUAGCAAGUCAUUGCUUCCUAAAGCCUUCCAGGGUCUGAUGGUAAACGAGGACUCUCCAGUGAAGGACUUCUAUCCAAUGAGCUUUGAGACGGACCUAAACGGGAAAGACCAAGAAUGGGAGGCGGUGGUACUCAUCCCCUUCAUUGAUGAGGAGAGACUGCUCCAGGCCAUGGGUCCCUGUCUGCGGCACCUAUCACCAGAGGAGGCAUCCCGUAAUGGUUUUGGUGUGUGUCUAGUGAGCCAUUACGAUGAGGCUGUCCCCGCUACUAUCCAUCCGUCACCAUGGCCACAGAUGUUCCCACAGCUGGACAACUGUCACAUCAGUUAUAUUGAGCUGCCUCAUGAUCCAUUCCCGGUUGCCAAGGAUAAGUUGGUACGUGGAUUAUGUAAGGAUGUGAAGCUGGCUGUGCACUUUCCUGGCUUCCCCACCCUCAAGCACAUCCCUCACGUGGGGGCGCUGGAGAAAAGAGGUGUGAGGGUGUUCCAGGCCGCUAGCAGAGGGGAUAACUUGUUUCUCACGCUACUACCCAGAAACGAGAAUAAGGACUGCUAUUCAUUGGCUCAGGAGCUGGUUGGGCGAACACUGUACGUUGGGUGGCCCUACCUGGCCGAGGCUAAAGUGUGUGCUGUGUCUGACGGGAGAGAAAAGUAUCACGAUAGCUAUGCCCCGACGAGUACCAAACCGCCAGGGGGUGGAGUCUCCCUGAGGAGAGAGGUACUAACUGAGGGUGGGGCUAAACAGUGGAGGGAGGACAAGACCAUUAUCGCCAGACAGUACUCCGAGCGACAAGGGAUAAACCUGGGCAAUGUGGAGUUGCUUGUCUAUUCUCAAGUCCUGCAGGGGAAGCGUUAUGUCGUGAGCAAGAAAGGGGACAGAGGGACAGUGGCUCUCGUUAAAGAAUGGGCCCCAUUGCCCGAGCCAUUUGCUUACCAGACCACUGUUAGGGACAUUGCAGCCUUUGCACCUGACUAUAAAGAGCAGGUCAGUAGUCUGGAAGAGCUCUUCCCUGUCAAGUCCAACUGCUUCAUCACAUCUCCAUUGCACUAUGGCAGUCUGGCUGAGGUGAUGUUAGUGGACACGGCUCAGCUUAGAGUGCAAGUCAAGGUCAACCCACUGCCUGAGCCGGAGCUCCUGUCUGUGUUAAACAACCGAAAGCUCUUUGUGCGCUACCUCCCAUCACACGUGGUAACAAGUGAGGUUGGUCUCCCACCCAUAGCUCUGGCCAGGAUCACCGGGAACAUCCAGGUGGAGAGAGGAUCCAGAGACAACGUGAAGGGCAGAGAAAAGGCCAAGAUUGGAUUAAACUGGAAGUUUUCUAAGAGGAACCGAGAGCUUCUUGGCUAUGCUCGCAAACAUGAAAAGGGAGGUUGGACGUUCUCCCUUGAGGCUAUUGACAUUCUCAAGCAGUUUAUUAAAAAGUUCCCGGUCAUGUUCGGAUACAUCAGAAGAAACCCCACAGAUGAUGUGUAUUACGAGGAGGACCUGUUCCCCAAGAAAGAUGGCCCUGAGACUAUCAGUAAUGUGAAGGAGUGGCUGAAGGGUCUGCCUAGCGAGGGUGCCGAUGCAGUGGACUGUGGCAGCCUCACAUUGGACAAGCCACAGAUAGCAGCCAUCGAGAAGGCUUUACAUGACAUGCAGAGACAGAAGGCUGCUCCAGCAAAACCCAUCAAACUGAGGGUCAAGCCAUCUGCUCUGUUCAAGCCUGCCAAUCGCCAGGGCAACCUGAUCCCUGAUCCAGAUACUGAGUUCAGGCUCUUUGAUAGAGUGGUCAAUGUCUCCUCUAACAGUGCUGUGCCGUUCGCCCUGAGGGGAACUGUCACAGGCAUCAUGGGAGAUUUCAAAGAAAACGGUCCAACAUUGUACGAAGUGCUAUUUGACGAGGACUUCCUUGGUGGGCUCAAACUGCGAUGCUCCUCUAAUCGGGCCUAUCGUCUACCCGCCUCCUGUCUGCUCAGCAUCUCUCAUGGAAGAAGGCUUAGCGGAGCCGAUGGUGAGAAGAAAAGAUCUCACAAAAGUCACACUCAUUCAGGAACUAGUUAUGCUGAUGCCACAACAGUGUAUGAACAACAGCCGAGUUAUGGAAGAGGACAGUCGUAUGGGAGUGGAAGUUAUCGAGGUCGGGGUAGCACUGAAACCAGAACCGAGUAUGGCAAUAGAAGUGAGCGACCUUCAAAGAGUGGGCGUGAAAAAAGUAGAGGGCGAGCUGGUGGUGAUGAAGUUAAAAAAAUAUUGCUGAGAAACCCAUCUGAUUCUCCACGCAAUAGCAAGCAGGAAUCUGGACACGGUGAUAUGUCUGCAGCUGUAGACGCACUGUCAAAACUCACCAUUUCAAAUCAGCCAGCUCCAAAUGAAACGAUAAAUUUAUCGCCCUCUGUGGCAGCCAUGUUUAGUGCUCACGAGAAAAAAGAAACGCUUCCUCAAGAAGACAACACGGAUGCUGCCAAAACUUCAAUGCAAGACCACAGUUCUAAUCUGAAGAGCAUACUCCGUAUUGGUGGUCCAAACAAGCCGCCUGUCAGGAGGGAAGUGCCUGAGGCAGUGCAACAGCCGAGUCAGCCUCGAGGUCCACUGUUACCAAGACCACCACAGUACCCACCACAGCAAGCUAGAGGUCCUAUAUUCCCACAAGGUCCAGUGUAUCCCUUUGGACCCCCACCGAUGGUUGACCCAGUGGCUGUGUUAUACAACAAGGCCUACUCUCUUGGCUACCCCCCUCCAAACGUGUUCCACAGAAACACCCCCCAGGGCUAUGUUGGCUAUGUAGAGGUUGGAGCUAGGAAAUACAACGGCCCUCCCUCUGCCAGUGCACAGGAUGCCUGGCAAAGUGCAGCAGCAGUGGCUAACGCUGAUCUAGCGAAAUCGUCGUACCCCAGCUACCCCGCCCCCUACUCUUACCCGAUGAUGAUGCCUCCUCAGCGCCCCCGCUAUGAUCGACCCCUUCUGCCCCACUAUACUCCCCAACAGCCACCCCCCAGACCAGCCCAUCAUAUGCCCCCCUAUCAUCACUCCGGGAGAGGGGUUCUCUCUCAGAGCCGCCCCUUUGUCCCUUUGCAGGUCCAGAGAAAGCAGACUGUAAAAGGUUCCCCCGAGAAGAAGCCCCGGGUUGCUACGGUGUCGAAGCAUCAGAUAUCAAGUGAAGAAGCUCAGAGACUACAGACAGCCACACAAGACAUCAAACAAUCACUGAAUAUCACUCCAUCUCAGAGCUCGUCUCUAGAAGCUUCAAAUUCUGCAACUGAUAAUCAACCUACCACUUCGAAUGUGCAACAAUUGAAUGACUCUUCCCAACAGAUAGGAGAUACUUCAGUAAACGCUGUUCUAAUUACACAAGUCCAAAAAAGCUCGCAAGACAUCAAAGAGACGAGGGAAACGAUUGAACGGUUAGGUGGCAUAAUAAAUGCUUUGGCUGUCUCUUCAGGUGAUCUUCCCGAACAUGGUGAAACUGUUGCUGUGGCAGAUUCGAACAAACCAAACCCGGGAGCUUUAGAGCAUGUUGGAGAUGCUUUUGUACGUGUCGCACUGGCUGGAGCCAUGAAUGAGCAACCCACUGAGAACGAGAAUUAUUCAGAAGCAGUACAACCUGAGGACACGGCUAAAUCGAGCAUCAGUGAGGUCACUAUUGCCGGGGAGAUUGUGGGGACUGUGUCCAAUCGUGAACCUACCAUGGCCGACAUUGCUCAGGCCAGCCAAUCUACUACCCCUUCCAAGAAGCCCAAGAGACAAAUAGCUGCCUCUUUCAUGAAUUCGUAACAUUGCGUAUUAGCUGGUUUCUUCCAUUUUCAUUGUUGCACAUUAAUACUGUUCAAUAUGAUAAACAGUUUCAAAAUGG